AAACCACAGAUAUGAGCAUAAUGAAGCUGUUUAUUCAUCCUAUCAGGAUGGCAGUAUCUUUAGGGAAAAUGCAUUCCUGUCAGGAGAUGACUUGCGCCUUUUGUUAAGGUUGUAUGUUGAUGAUUUUGAAGUGUGUAACCCACUUGGUACCUCUCGGAGAGCACACAAGCUCUGUGCAGUGUAUUGGACUCUAAGCAAUUUGCCUACAAGUUCUCAUGCAACAAUGUCGUCCAUUUACUUGGCUGUGUUGUGUAAAAGUAAUGACGUGAAAGAAUACGGCUUCAAUAAAAUCCUUGAGCCUCUUCUUGAGGACCUGGCACAUUUAGAAGAAGUUGGCAUUUUUAUUCCUUCAGUUGGUCAUUUUGUGAAGGGUACUGUGCAUGUCGUGAUUGCAGACAACCUUGGGGCCCAUAGCAUAGCUGGUUAUGUUGAGAGUUUUUCUUCUGAGUAUUACUGCAGAUUCUGCACUGGAAAGAGCUCGGAAAUUCAGAUUAAUGAGGUUCGGUCAGGUGGUUUUAGCCUUAGAAAGAGAGAGAGUUAUGAUGCUCACCUGAAAUCUGCACAACAGACUGGCAGCUGUUGUUUUGGUGUUAAAAAAGAAUGUGUAUUCUCCACACGCCUUGCUCAUUUUCAUGUUCUCUCUGGCUAUCCCCCGGAUGUCAUGCAUGAUGUUUUUGAAGGUGUUGUACCAUUUGAGCUUAAACAUUGUUUAUCAAUGCUUUUAUCAAAGAAGUACUUCACCUUUGAAUUUCUCAAUGAACGUAUUGUUAAUUUCCCCUAUAAAUGGACGGAUAAGACAAACAGACCUCAUGCAAUCCCUCGCUCAAUGUUCAGCCAGAAUACUAUUGGAGGCAAUGCUCACGAGAACUGGAACCUGAUAAGGUUGCUUCCAUUUCUUGUAGGACACAUGGUGCCAGAAGAUGAGCCUGCAUGGCUGGUGCUUAUGGAUCUCAAAGACAUUGUUGAGCUUGUGGUAUCACCAGUUCACACUGAUGAGUCAAUUGCAUACCUUGAUGGCAAAAUUUCUGAACACCGACAGAGGUUUCAGGAAGUUUUUCCAGGUGUGAAGUUAAUUCCAAAAGAGCACUUUUUGGAACAUUACCCUGAACUUAUCAAGUCAUAUGGUCCACUUGUGCAUCUGUGGACUAUGCGCUUUGAAGCCAAACACCACUUUUUCAAGCAAGUUGCUCGGGUUACCAAUUGUUUCAAAAAUAUCCCCCUUACACUUGCAGCUAAGCACCAGCUAAUGAUUUCUCACAGUUUGAAAUCGUACCAUCUUGAAAAAUCUGCACUAGAUGUAUCAACUGUAUCAACAGUGCCUCUGACUGUUUUGAGAACAGAAAUAACACAGGUCAUCCAAGACAAGUACCCAGACACUGAAUUCGUCCAGAUCACCACAAGUGUCACCAGUAAAGGCCUCAGUUACAGAAAUGGAAUGAUUGUUGUUUGUCGCUCUUUAGACGGGCUCCCUGAAUUUGCAGAGAUUAUUCAGAUGUGUAUAGUGCAGAAGGGACUGUGUUUUGUACUUAAAGGUCUGUGUGGUUGGUAUAGGGAGCAUUUUAGGGCCUUUGAACUGACCUCUUCUCCAUCAAGGGAGAUUUUCUUUCUUGAACUAAGUGAAUUAGCUGAUGGAUAUCCAUUGGCUGACUACAAGGUAGGAGGUCUUCGUUUGGUGUCACUGAAAAGACAAAUUCAUUCAUAACAGGUGCCAUUUAAAUAUUUCUUGUUUAACUGUAUGAAUGAAGCUUAUGUACCUACAGUGCAAACAAUACAGUUCUUUUUUUUUUUCUCAUCAACAGGAUUGUAAAAAUGACCUCCACCAUCAUCCUGCGUGUAAUUCUGGGAGAGAACAGUGCACAGAAAGUGACACUUCAGAAUGGAGUCCUUUGUUCUUUGGCAGAGUUAAUGAAUGAGAUACAGACACAGUGUAAUUUAAUGGGAGAAUUCAGACUUCAAAUCAUGGACCCUGACUUACAAGAUUUUGUGAACCUGACUUCCACAACUGAUGUUCAGAACAAAAGCACCCUUAAGGUCAUCAAACUCUGUGACUCUUUAGCAGUAUCUCCAUCUCCCUCAUCAUGUGACACAGACAUUCUGUCUUCAAGAUCAUCCUCUGAAGUAUCACAUUCUUCAUCCCUUGACCCCCAAGAGUUGACUUUGAAUACAAGGUCUUCUUGGCCAACCUGUUUUGUUGUGCCCCGUUUCUCCUAUGAUGCAGAAAUUAAGCUGGAACAAGGCAAUUCAGAAUACCAAAAAAAUGGCAUUCUGCUGAAUCCAGACCCAAAGCUGAAAUCAGACAUUUUGUAUGGACUUGCUGAAGAAAUAGUAAAAUUCAAAGUGUACCUUUCUGAUGCUGAAUUCAGUGAAGUGGCUGAAGCUCUUAUAAAACGGCAUCCUUGCCUUAAGGAACAAGGAUCCUUAACAGGCUGCAGUGGCUGGAAAAGAAGCCUUAAAUAUAAAAUGUCAAAUUACAGAACCAAGCUGCGAAAUCUUGGUUGUGGUGAAGUGACUGUAAAUGCCAUGAAGCACAAACCUAUGGGUGUAAGCAAUCCAGCUUUUGGGGUCAAGAAGCCACGCAAGGCUGAAGUUAACUUUUGUCCCUCAUUUCUUCCUGGUGAAACUCCUGACAGCAUGGAGCAAAUAAGAGUCUCCCUUCUUUCUGAGGUUAAGAAGAAGAACAACGAGCAAACUCUGAGAAGAUUAAUGGACCUAUCAUUUGCAUUGAGAAGACAAGAGGUUGUCAAAGAAUCUCCACUUAUUGUUGACUUUAUGGGCAGAUGGCCAGCUUUGUUCCAAGAAAAUGAGGUAAUUCACCCUAAUGUCUAAGUGGGAUUUUACAUAAAAUUAAAUGUAUUAAAAUGCCAGUAAGUCAAAUAAAAUAAUUUUACCAUAUGAAAACACAUAGGCUAGCUAGCUUUUUUGGGCAUACAUUAAAGUUGUGGUGUUUAUCUUUGUGUUUUAGGUUUGUGCUGAAUUUGCACGGGUAACAACUGUCGCCUUAAUUUCAAAAUUCUUCUCAAAGCUGGAUGAACACACUCCAAGUCUUCUGAGGAUAUUUGCCAAGAGAGGUGGAGCUCAGGGACGAAGGAUAAGAAAACUUCUUGUGCCACUUACAAAGUGUGCCUGCAUUAAUGUUAAGAGGGAGUGUGUCCUCAAAGCCCUGUUUGUCUACCUAAAUGAGGAUCCUGACAAUCUCAUCAAGGAGUACAUGGAUGUCGACUUUUCCAACGCUGAAACUGCAUUCAAAGAGAUGGUGAUGGGCGUUUUUGUCAUCAGAUGUGAUGGAGGUGAAGGAUGUGAAGGAUGUGAAGAUGAACCUGCGGACGUUGGAGUAGUUCUUGAAGGAGUUACAGCACUAGAAGGGCUUGGUAAUGUAACUAAUGGUGUUGCAUUGCUGAUUGGGCUAAUAUAUGCCCUAAAUCUAAGUUAUCCGAAGGAGCUUCGAUACACCUUUGAACUCCUGCAAAAAGUGUUCCUGGAGCUUGAUGGACACAAACUCUCCACCAAAGUUCAAGCGCUCAAGACCAAGCUUUUUACACCCUGAAUCUAUAACUAAUUGUUUUUGUGUCAAAUACUCAAAGCAAGUUCAUGUUUCAUGUUCACACAUUUUAAUGCCUUUAUUGAGUUUUGCCUUUUUUUAUGUUUUUGUACAUAAGGGCAUAUGUAAAGAGGAAUAGUUUCCUAAAAAUUCAAAAUUCAAAAAUUUCCUAAAAAAAAGUCAGAAGGUCAAGGAAAACCAUCAGGGGUUUAGGGGUUUCAACGACACAGGGGUUAGUUAAUGUUGACAAUUUAAUUUUUUUUUUUUUCUUUUAAACAAUUUUUGUUUAACUGAUGGUUUUAAUGGCUUCUGAGUGUUCUUGAAGGAAAGACGUUUUAAUGAAAAUGUAUUUUAAAUAGUUUUCAAAGAUGUUCUACAUAGCACAUGUAUUUGUUUGUCCUUCACAAAAAUUAUGCAGGCACAUUUUGGAAUUAGAAUAGAAUUACAGACAGCUUGAUGCAGAUGCAGAUUUUUUAUUUUUUUGUGAAGUGCAUUAAAAGCAAACACACUUUGCUAAUUUUUUUUUUA